UCAACAGCCGUCACAUAAUCACUUCACACACAAUUCGAGUGCAAAUUGUUUUUAUACCUUUUCUAGAUAUUUCUAAGUAAAUUGCGAGUGGGAAUUGCCAUCGAGAUGCUAGCCCGCGCCAUCCGAGUGCGUCCCGUGCUGCGGGGCAUCGCCUCGAAGUCGAUGUGGACCCGGAACCGUCCCGUCCAGAGUUCGCUGAUGCAAUUUAGCCGGGAUCAGACGACGCGCCUUCAGCGCUUCCAUGGAGCCAACUUGCUGGUGCAGCGCUUUUACAGUCGCAACCGCGACGACUCCGACGAGGAUAUGAUGGAAAACCAAAAUCCCGUACUGAUGUCCGAUCGGGAUCCGCAGCUGCCGGCCACGGUGGCCGUGCCGGAUGUCUGGCCACAUGUCCCACUGCUGGCCAUGCGCAAGAAUCCCCUUUUUCCGCGCUUCAUGAAGAUCGUGGAGGUCUCCAAUCCCAUCAUCAUGGACCUGCUGCGUCGCAAAGUCAAGCUAAAUCAACCAUAUGUGGGCGUGUUCCUAAAGAAAUCCGAUGGCGAGGAGGAGCUCGUCCAAAAUUUGAAUGAUGUCUACAGUCUGGGCACUUUUGCUCAGAUCCAAGAACUGCAGGAUCUGGGCGACAAGCUGCGCAUGGUUGUGGUGGCCCAUCGGCGCAUUCGGAUCACUGGUCAGGUGGUCGAAGAUGUGCCACGACCAAAGCAAGCGAAAAUGACCACUUUGCAUUAUCCACUAUUUAAUAUCAAAUUACAAAUCCCAGCUGAAGAUCAAACGACUGAUCAAGCGGAGGCGGCGUCCACGAAAUCCAGAUCCGAGACAGCCCGUAAGCCACGUGGCCGGGUUCCAAGGAGUCGGGCUAGCAAAAUACGCGAGUCGGCUGCCGCCGAGGAAAUGGUGCAGAGCCAGACACUGGAACAGCCACUGAAAGCAGGCAAAGUUGAGUCAGUGGGUUCGCCCAAGCCUCCCAAGGAAGGAAAACCUGUGGAAGGUACUGCUACCAAUGAGGCGGGAGCCGAAGGAGAAGCAACGGCCAGCGCACCACCACCACCUGUGCUUAUUGUGGAAGUGGAGAAUGUCAAGGAGCCGUCGUACAAGCAAACCGAGGAGGUCAAGGCUUUGACUCAGGAGAUAAUCAAGACUCUUCGGGAUAUCAUCACAAUGAAUCCCUUGUACAGAGAGAGUCUGCAGCAGAUGCUGCAUCAAAACCAACGAAUUGUGGACAAUCCCAUUUAUCUGUGUGACUUGGGUGCUUCACUUUCCGCUGGAGAACCAGCUGAACUUCAGAAGAUCCUGGAGGAAAUGGAUAUCCCAGAACGACUGCAGCUGGCUUUGACACUGCUCAAAAAGGAACUGGAGCUCUCGAGAUUGCAACAAAAAAUUGGACGCGAAGUAGAGGAAAAAGUCAAGCAGCAACACCGCAAGUAUAUACUGCAGGAGCAGCUGAAGGUUAUUAAAAAAGAGCUGGGCAUCGAAAAAGACGACAAGGAUGCCAUAGGCGAAAAGUACCGCGAAAAACUGAAGGAUAAAAUCGUACCCGAAAGUAUAAUGACUGUUAUUGACGAAGAGCUGACCAAACUGAACUUCCUGGAAAGCCACAGCUCAGAGUUUAAUGUAACCCGCAACUACCUCGACUGGCUAACAUCCCUUCCGUGGGGCGUUAUUAGCACCGAAAACCUUUGCCUGGACAAGGCCACCGAAAUACUGAACAACGAUCAUUAUGGCAUGGAAGAUAUCAAGAAGCGUAUUUUGGAAUUCAUCGCCGUCAGUUCCUUGAAGGGCAGCACGCAGGGCAAGAUCUUGUGCUUCCAUGGACCACCUGGUGUGGGCAAGACCAGCAUAGCCAAGUCUAUUGCGCGCGCCUUGAACCGCGAGUACUUCCGCUUCAGCGUGGGCGGAAUGACGGACGUGGCCGAGAUCAAGGGACAUCGUCGCACCUAUGUGGGUGCCAUGCCGGGCAAGCUGAUUCAGUGUCUCAAGAAGACGAAGAUUGAGAAUCCACUGGUGCUCAUCGAUGAGGUGGACAAGAUUGGCAAAGGCUACCAGGGAGAUCCAAGCUCGGCCUUGCUAGAGCUGCUCGAUCCUGAGCAGAAUGCCAACUUCCUGGAUCACUAUCUGGACGUGCCGGUGGAUCUCUCGCGAGUGCUCUUCAUUUGCACAGCCAAUGUGAUUGACACCAUCCCCGAGCCGUUGAGGGAUCGCAUGGAGCUAAUCGAGAUGUCUGGCUAUGUGGCAGAGGAAAAGAUCGCCAUUGCUCGCCAAUACCUCAUGCCGCAGGCCAUGAAGGAUUGCGGACUAACGGACAAGCAGAUCAACAUAACCGAGGAUGCCUUGAACAUGCUGAUCCGAAGCUAUUGCCGGGAAUCCGGUGUGCGAAACCUGCAGAAGCAUAUCGAGAAGGUCAUUCGAAAGGUGGCCUUCCGUCUGGUGAAAAAGGAGGGCGAACACUUCCCGGUGAAUGCCGAUAACCUGACCACAUUCCUGGGCAAGCAGAUCUUCAGCUCGGAUCGCAUGUACGCCACCACACCAGUGGGCGUGGUCAUGGGGCUAGCCUGGACGGCCAUGGGCGGCUCAUCUUUGUACAUUGAGACCUCCAGGCGGCACAUACGUCACGGCGAGAAGGCGGACAAGACUGCGGCCAGUGGAACCCUCCACAUCACCGGCAAUCUGGGUGAUGUCAUGAAGGAGUCGGCCCAAAUAGCCUUGACCGUCGCGCGCAACUUUUUGCACACACUUGAACCCAAAAACUUGUUUUUGGAGCAAGAACACAUUCACCUCCACGUUCCUGAAGGAGCCACACCAAAAGAUGGUCCCAGCGCUGGAGUCACCAUCAUCACCGCCUUGAUUUCUUUGGCCACUGGCAAGCAGGUGCGUCAGGAUGUGGCCAUGACGGGUGAAGUGUCCCUGAAAGGAAAGGUGCUGACAGUUGGUGGCAUCAAGGAGAAGACCAUAGCAGCUCGUCGUAGUGGCGUCAAUUGUCUGAUUCUGCCGGUGGAUAACAAAAAGGACUUUGAAGAGUUGCCCACGUACAUUACUGAGGGCCUGGAGGUUCACUUUGCAGCCAACUACGAGGAUGUCUACAAGAUAGCCUUUGGCGAUGCCACCGAAACGUCGACCGACAAUGUGGUGGAGCAGGAGCCGCUGCAAAAGAUGUCCAGUGCGGCGGCCGCCAAGUCGACGGCGUGGCCUUAAUCGUAGCUUUAGCAAGGGGGUUUUUUCCGGGUGUUCAUAGAUUUUAUUGAUAUCGAACGUUAUCAGGUUAAUUAGUGUAUUUAGACCAUAGCAUUUGUUAAAGCUAAUGCCGAGUAAAUUGAAUGUACUGACGAA